AUCUCCGGGCAUCAGCGGCCGAGAAGCGGCCGCAAACCGCUCCAACCAAAGAACUCGUGGUCGAAUCCUUUGGACACGAAGCCAAAUAUAAAAGCUGCAGCUGCAGUUUGUUUCGAGGCAGAUGAGAAUAACAAGGAGAAUAUUUUCUCCACCCCUGUAAAAAAAGAGUGUUUUGAGAUCGAGUUGUUGGAUGCAUCUCUAGCGGAGGAGCUGAGCGCCAUCCGCGAGAAGCUCGAGAGACUGCGGAUUGAUAAGGAGAGAACUGAUGAGAUGCUGAGAGAGAGAUCCCUCUUUCUGGAUUCCCAGAUGAAGGAGAUCGUUGACAGAGGGAUGUUGCAGAAGCAGCUCGAGAUCGAGGUUGAUCGCUUGUUCCGAUUGAGGGAGAUCAAGCUAUCCUGCACCCAACGCCCGCGCACACCCAUCUCAAUCAGCGCAAUGAAAAAGAAGAAAAUUCCGGGCCACAGACCCAUCUCUUCCGUGACGUAUUGAGUGUAUGGUCAGCCUAUUGUAAGAACAUAUGAAUGCUAAUUCAGUUUUCUUCUAUCA